AUGAAGUGCUUUAUGAAAGUAUCAAAUUGUGACCACAGAAAGGCAGAUUGUGUGGGUUUUGUCGAUGCUCAUCCACCAUCACCUUCUGUUGAUUCUGAAGAAAUCACCUGGUAUGAAAAUCAAAAAGUUCUCAUCAAUGCCAUUGUCGAAAAUCCAAAUCCUAACAUGCGAUACAUGAUUCUCUACAAGAAUGCCGAACAAAGUCAAAAGGAAGUUGUUGUAGCCACCUUCUCACCACAAUCAUGUGAAUGUGUGGCAGAAUUUGUAUUAGAUAGACAAAUCAAGGUUGCUAAUAAGAAGCUGAAAAUUGUCUUUGAAUUAGUACAGGAAUCACUCACCAACAGUCCUAAUAGUUUAAAUUCAUCAUCAACAACAACCUCAUCAACAUCAACACAACAAAUGAUGAGAUCAAUUCUAUUGAGAACAACAGGUAUUUACGUCCUGACCGAGAGAUCCUAUUUUGCCAAUAAGAAGACACAAAAGAAGGUACAAUCAGCAGCAACUAUGCAAGAUGUGCCUACCACUACAACUAAUAUUGUUCAUAAUCAAAGUACUGCAAAUUCACCAUCAUCUUUUAAGAAAUCAAAUUUGGCAACUCCUUACGUCAUUCCACAACAUUGUUAUCAAUCAAGUCCAUCUAAUUCAAUGUCACCAACAAAUUCUGCUAGCAGUAAUGAAUACAUGCAAGAUAAUAUUUCUCCUUCCUACAAUAAUAAUCAGUACUACCAACAACAACCUCAAUAUCACCAACAACCACAACAACAAAUGCAACAAUCACAUUAUGGUUAUCCUUCUUCUCCAUCCUCUGGUGGUAGUAUCUCUAAUGCCAUCCCUCAAAACAAACUCGCUUCCAUGUUUAAUUUAUCACCAGAAAAAGCUGAAGAACUAUUCAAAAUAUGUUCAUUGAUUUUCUAUCACGAUAUUGCAAAUACAAUGCCAGAAACUGUUUGGAUUAGACCAAGUAUGGGUAUUGAAAAUACUCUUGUUCAAGUUGGAUUUAAUUAUAAUAAUUUACCAAAACCUGAGGAUUGUGUUGGCAAUAUUCAAGUAUUUUUCGAUAGUGGCUGUGAAAAACCACUCGAUAUUUUGGAACCUUUCAAUAUUGAAUUGAGAAAUGAUUUUGGAUUUAUUUCAUUCCUCAUUCCAAAAUAUAAUGGUGGUGAUCUUUCUCGUAGAGUCAAACUGUAUCACAAGAGAAGAAUGCAACACUUCUCUGGUGAAGUUGGUUUUACCUAUGUACCUCCAUCUGUAGUUCAACAAAUUGUACUAGAUACUCAGGGAUCCGGUGGUGGACAUGGCUAUGGAAAUGACUUUUUCAAUAAUUUCGAUGGAUCCUAUGGAGGAGAUGGUAAUAAUGGCGGAGGAAGUAGUAGUGGUGGAAGUUCUAAUGGAGAUGGUAAUCAAGGUCAUUACAAUUCAAUUUCUGAUACUGAUUUUGAAUUCUUUGCCAAUUUCCCACUUCAUCUCGCAUUUGCCAGAGGUGACUUUGAAUCAGCAUGCAAUGUUAUUAAUGAGAGAGGUUUACCAUGUAUUUUGGAAUCAGUUGAAGGUAAACUCUGUUUGGACCUCUCUGUCAAGUACAAUAGACGAGGAUUCAAUGAAAGAAUUGUUUCAUACUUGAAGAGAUUGAUCAAGAAGGAACUCGAAGGUAUGGGAUUCCCAUUCGAUGAUGAAACUGACUUGGCUCAAGCUUUCAGUUCAUUGAAUAUCAAGAAGCCUCAACCUUCAAAGGUUCAAGAAACUUCCAUUCCAGAAUGUGCCUUCCUCAACUAUGACAAUAAGGAGCUGACCAGAUGGAUGAGAGACGUUUUCAUUUCUGAUAGAAUCAUCUCACUUCUCUCCAAGAAAAAGUUGACUGGUAGAAAAUUAUUCGAGUAUGGCAAGAACAAGCUUAUUCAAAUGGGUUUAUCUUCUGGAUCUGCUUUGAGAAUUAUUAAUGCUGCCAAACAAGAAUGUGAAAGACAACACGUACAAGAAACACACUUUAUCAAUAAGGAAUCAACCAUGAAACUUGUAGAAGAGUCUGAACUUGAAAAGUUGACCGAAGGAGCCAAAUCCAACCUCUCCAACGUUAUUGAAAAGUUAAAGAGAUUGAAGGCACCAAUUGCAUCUCAAUAUUUUGAAACUAUUGGUCUCGAUUUGAUCAUGAAGGAUAGAUUCAUUGCCAAGUUCUUCAAGAAGACUCUCUCAAAGAAGACAACCAUGAAGACUCAACAACAAAUGGUCUCUCAAGAUUCAACAUUUGUCAAAGUCAAGGUUGCCAUCUAUGAUUCUAGUCUCACACAAAAGGAUUCCUCCCUUGAAAUGCCAACUGAUAUUUCUGUUGCUGUUAUUGUUGGUCCAUACUUUAUUGAAUGGAGAAAUGACUUUGCAAUGGUGAGAAGUGAAGAUCUUUUAGAUUCUGCUGUAACAUUUGAUAUUGCAACUGUCUAUGGUAUUGACACUGUUUACUCAACAGUUGAAAAACUUGCCAAGAUGUGUUGUGAAUGGAAUUCGACAAGACUCUUCGAUGCCAAGACAUGUAACUCACAACAUUUCGUUUCCUCCCUCAUUGAUGUAUUAGAAUUGAAGAAGGAGUAUACCGAAUUUUUUGGAGAAUCAUUAACCAAGUCAUGCCUCAAGAGUUUAUCAAAGGGUGAGAAUGGUUUCAAGGUCAGCCUCAAAUCCUCACUGCAAUCUCUCUUCACAACUAAUACUUCAAGUUCCAAGAAGGAUGUCAUCUUUAAGAGUUUGAAAGAUCUCCAUCAAUUCUAUGAAACUGUAAAGAAUGGAAAUCCAGAAUAUUUUGAAACACAAGAAGGCAAGUGUGAUUUGAAACUUUUCAACCUUUUCGAAAAUUCCUUGAUAAGGUCGAAGAAGUCUCUCCCUCCACAACAAGUUGGAACAAGUGCCUCUGCAAUUAAGAAACUUUUUGAACUCAAUCCACCAAAGUUGCAACAAGGCAUUGACUAUAACAUUAACAAACUUACCCUGUAAAUAAAGUAUUUUUGAGAUUUUUUGUC